AUGAAAGCAAUAUUAAUUUUAGUUUUACUGAUCAAACUGGUUUGUACAGAUAAAGUUAAUCGUUCAUGUGAAUGUGGUAUCGCUGGCAAAAACCGUAGAAUAGUUGGUGGUACUACCGUCCAGCCUCAUCAGUACCCUUGGCUGGUUGCACUCAUGCUGGGAUCGAAACUACAUUGUGGAGGUGCAAUUAUUACCGACCAACACAUUUUAAGUGCUGGACACUGUAUCACUUUUGGGGUUAACUUCAAAGAUCUGACCGUCUACAUAGGAAUGCAUGAUCGUUUGGGGAGCACUCAUACCGUCUCUAGACUCAAGAAUGGUGUUAAGCAUCCCAGCUUUACUUCAAAUGCUGUUCGAGACAUCAAUGACAUUGCAAUCUUAACACUCGACAAAAAAGUUCAAUUUUCAGAUAAAGUUCGUCCAAUAUGCUUACCAAGUGAAGGAAUGGAUUUUAAAAAUGUACCACUAACUGUAGCCGGAUGGGGAAAAACUAGACAAGGAGCUCUGACGUCUUCGAGAUAUUUAUUAGAAACUAAAGUUAAAAUUGUACCUAGUAAUACGUGUUCCAAGUCCUCUAUAUACAAAGAUAAUCUUGUCACUGAUUCCAUGAUGUGUGCUUAUAGUCUUGGAAAAGACGCUUGUCAGGGUGAUAGCGGGGGACCAAUUUUCGCCACACAUGCACGAACACAUAACAAGAAAUGGUACCAAGUUGGUAUCGUCUCUUGGGGUAUAGAUUGCGCCAUGCCGGACUAUCCUGGAGUAUACACUAUCGUCUCAAAAUACGUGAACUGGAUUAAGCAACAAACAAAAGAUGGAAUGUCAUGCGCUUAA